CCAAAUCUCUCCCCCUGCCUGUCCACAACGACCUUACCAUCUCUCACAACCACCCUUCUCUCAGCUUUGGUCUCUAUUGAAGCUGUUCUCUAUUCUCGAAUUUCCAUCUUGAUAUCCUUUUGAGCUCAUCUUCUCGCUCACAACCCCCGUCAACAUGCGUGAGAUUGUUCACUUGCAAACUGGCCAAUGUGGCAACCAAAUCGGUGCUGCCUUCUGGCAACAAAUCUCAGGAGAACAUGGUCUUGAUGGCGCUGGAGUCUACAAUGGCACCUCCGACCUCCAACUUGAACGUAUGAACGUCUACUUCAACGAGGCAUCCGGAAACAAAUAUGUUCCACGUGCUGUCCUCGUUGAUCUCGAACCCGGUACCAUGGAUGCAGUCCGCGCUGGUCCAUUUGGUCAACUUUUCCGCCCUGACAACUUUGUCUUUGGCCAGAGCGGUGCUGGAAACAACUGGGCGAAGGGCCACUACACCGAAGGUGCUGAACUUGUUGACCAAGUCCUUGAUGUUGUUCGACGUGAAGCCGAGAGCUGCGACUGCCUCCAAGGUUUCCAGAUCACCCACUCUCUAGGUGGUGGUACCGGUGCCGGUAUGGGCACUUUAUUGAUCUCCAAGAUCCGUGAAGAAUUCCCAGACCGCAUGAUGGCUACCUUCUCCGUCGUCCCAUCUCCCAAGGUCUCCGACACUGUCGUUGAACCAUACAACGCCACUCUCUCAGUCCAUCAAUUGGUUGAGAACUCCGAUGAGACCUUCUGCAUUGACAAUGAGGCUCUGUACGACAUUUGCAUGCGCACCUUGAAGCUGUCAAACCCUUCGUACGGUGACCUGAACCACCUUGUCUCUGCGGUCAUGUCGGGUGUCACCACCUGCCUGCGAUUCCCUGGUCAACUCAACUCUGACCUCCGAAAACUCGCUGUCAACAUGGUUCCUUUCCCUCGUCUCCACUUCUUCAUGGUUGGCUUCGCUCCCUUGACCAGCCGUGGUGCGUACUCGUUCCGCGCCGUCAGUGUGCCGGAGCUUACUCAACAAAUGUUCGACCCUAAGAACAUGAUGGCUGCUUCCGACUUCAGAAAUGGCCGCUACCUGACUUGUUCCGCUAUUUUCCGUGGCAAGGUCAGCAUGAAGGAGGUUGAAGAUCAGAUGCGCAACGUCCAGAGCAAGAACAACAGCUACUUUGUCGAAUGGAUCCCCAACAACGUCCAGACCGCUCUCUGCUCAAUCCCCCCUCGCGGCCUGAAGAUGUCUUCAACCUUCGUUGGUAACUCUACUUCUAUUCAGGAGCUGUUCAAGCGUGUCGGUGACCAAUUCACUGCCAUGUUCCGACGAAAGGCUUUCUUGCAUUGGUACACUGGUGAGGGUAUGGAUGAGAUGGAGUUCACCGAGGCUGAAUCCAACAUGAACGAUCUUGUGUCCGAAUACCAACAAUACCAAGAUGCCAGCAUCUCCGAGGGUGAGGAAGAAUAUGGUGAGGAGGAAGCCCCAUUGGAAGAGGAGGUGUAAAUACACCAAGAUGAGUCCCUGAAGGACAUGUCUCGUUGAGAUGGAUGCAUUGUGUUGCAGGGUCCCAGGAAGGAUACCAAUUGGUUUUGUUUAGCCGCAGCAUCCCCUUCUUACUUCUCCCGAGUGAAGUACAGUCUAGCAGCAGUUAAAGACAGGGACUAUGAACAGGAAUGAUGUUAGUGUCAAGCAGGCAUGGCGCACUUCUCAACUUCUUUAGUCUUGAGCGUCAAAUCUUAAUGGAAUGAAAGAACAAUAGCAUAUUCAGUAA